UCCAGCAUGCCUUCCGCCAUGACAGAUUCCAGUCCUUGUUUUUUUAGCAUAUUCAAUAGUUGAGAUUUUCGAGGCUGAAAACUUCAUUAGAGAAUUGGAUUUUUGAUUGAAUCGUCACUUUGAACUUGGAGAAGUGUGGCCUCAAGUUUAUUUGCACGUUGAAUGUAACCUCACUUCAUCAUUGCACGAGAGGCAGACAUAAGCCGCCAGAUUGUGGGAAGAUCGCGCGGCAUCGGAAUUCACGGCCAAGGACAACUCAGUGGUGCUCAUCCCGCGCGACCAGCGAGGCGUCUUGGAAGCUUCAAAGGUGCCCAACCAGUUCGAUCCGACCCAGCGUCAGGAAUUUACAAUAUCGACUGGCGGUAAUCCAUCAAUUCCUGUCUCUCUCAUCUUAGUCAAAGAGAUAAAACCGGAGAAAUUGUUUUCAUUAACCCUUUCGCUACGAGCGGUGACUAUAGUCACCCAACACCUGACGCUCGCUAUGUACGAACGGUGACUAUAGUCACCCACGAACUUUUGUGAGCAGAGUAUAUUUGUUAUCUCCAUAGUUACCAUCGCAAGUAUUUUGCAUUUGUUUUACGUUUGCGGAAUUUGAAGCUGAUGCAGUGAACAGCAGCAGUAUAAAAAUAACAUUUCGGUAGUACAGUUAUUUCAGCCAGCUCACACUUUGAAAAUAUUUGCACGGUAUGUGGUUUAAUUUUUUUUGUAUUUUUAACAUCAUUGAAUUUUAUUUUUUUUCUCGUUUAUUUUUUAAACCUCAAAGAUAAUGAAUACGAAUUACAAAAGGCGGAGAGGAAACUGCCAUUCCGUCGAAACCGAGAGCAAUGAGAUGUACGAUAAAUCAUCGGAUACCGAUAGCAAUACUGCAAUAAAUAAUAUUUGUACUAGAAGGAAGGCAAUGAGCAUUCGUCGGACAAAUGUACUUAGCACGUCAGAAUCAGAAGCUGAUUACAACGAAGAUGGCUUGCCAUCAACUACUUCUAAUAAUAUCCAAUGGGCUAUGAAGGAUGUUGAAUUAACAUUUCACAACUUUAAUACUUCUAAUUCUGGAAUUCAGACAGAAGACAUAAAUUUCUCAUCUGAAAUAUUAGACUAUUUCCUAUUAUUUUUUUCACCUGAUCUUGUGGACUUUAUUGUGGAUAAGACAAAUAACUAUUGGGCACGUACAGUAAAUGAUGACUUGCGUAACAUCAAAAUUGGUACAACUGUCGACGAGCUGUACUGUUUUUUCGCAUGUACGCUGCUAAUGUCGAGAAACAAAAAAUUACGGCUUAGCGAGUAUUGGUCUAAAGACAAACUUUUAAAAACUGAUAUUUUUAGAGAAAUUAUGUAUAGAGAUAGAUAUUUAGUUUUAUUGAAAAUGUUGCAUUUUGAAGAUGAUAAUCAAAACUCUUCUGAUCGUAUGAAAAAAAUUAUCAAGGUCUCAAGCAGACUUCAAAAAUCGUUUAAAAACUCAUUUUAUCCUUUUCAAAAUUUAUGCAUAAAUGAAAGUCUUUUACCAUACAAGGGUAGACUAUCUUUUAAACAAUAUAUACCGGCCAAAAGAAGCCGAUUUGGCAUUGAAACGUAUGUAUUAUGCGAUUGUAAAACUGGCUACGUACUAGAUACUAUAGUAUAUACAGGUAGUGAUUCACACGUGACAGAAAAUACGGAAGAAAUUGGCAAAACAGGAAAUAUUGUUUUAACACUUUUAAAACCGUACUUGGGAAAAGGUCAUUCAUUGUAUGUAGAUAAUUAUUAUAGUAGUCCUGUUCUUUUUAAUUUAUUACAUGAAAAUGUAACAAAUGCUUGUGGGACUGUAAAUCAAAGGCGAAAAGGAAUGCCUACAAUUGACAGAAAAUUAAAAAAAGGCGAGGUUGACUUUCGGACAUCAAGUAAUUUGCUGGCCCUUAAAUGGCGUGAUAAAAGGGAUGUAUUUAUGUUAUCUACUUUUCAUACUACGGAAUUAAUACGUACAGGAAAGAGAAAUUAUAACACUCAAGAACUUAUACGUAAACCUAAAUGUAUAGUCGAUUAUAAUUCAUCAAUGGAAGCUGCCGACAAAUGUGAUAUGGUUAUCAGUUCCAUCAAAUCUAUCAGAAAAUCUAUAAAAUGGUACAAGAAGUACUUUUUCCAUUUGCUAGAUAUUGCCGUUUGGAAUUCUUAUUGUUUAUAUAAAUACAAAACAGGAAAAGACAUUCCUAUAGCCGCUUUUCAUCUUGAAUUAAUAAGACAAAUUUUACGAAAAUACCAUAAAGACGACUUUAGACAAAGCGCUCCUAGAUCUGCGGAUAAAUAUCCUUUGAGGCUUACUGGUAGACAUUUCCCAGCAAUUUACACGAGCGAGAAAACAAAACGAAAAAGUGGACUAAGAAAGUGUGUUGUUUGUACUAAGAAUGGUGUCCAACGACAAACACAUUAUCAAUGUAAAACAUGUGAGGUAGGACUUUGUAUAUACCCGUGCUUUGAAAAUUAUCAUACAAAAUUACAUUAUUAAAUUAUAUUUUCUGAUUAGAUUAUAUGAUGAAUUUUUUACCAUUUCCUUUCUACGAGCGACUACACCCGCUCUGCGUAAGAUACCGCGGCAUUGAGCGUAUCACGGACGAUUGCAGUUGUUCCGCAAAUGCACACUUUUGGCGCGGCGGCUCACUCAGCGAGAGAAGCGCGCCGGAGAAUGCGUCCGUAGCGAAAGGGUUAAUCGUAUCGUAUAGUGAAGAUGAUUACUCUUUUGCCUUUGGAAGCAGGCGAUUCUCUGGUGAAUUGGCGUUCACAAUGACGAUUAAUAAAUAACAGGGGCAAACUUUCGAAAGAAUCGGAAUUGAUCUCUGUAGCGAAGUGGUAAACUAGGAUAAGUGCAUUUUUUUGAAAGUGGGUUUUUUGUUUACAUUGAAGCAUAACAUUGUUCCGGAGGUCCUAACAAAAGGAUUUAGCUGAAAAUUAAUUUUUGCUGCCAGUGUCGAACAAAAAUGAGGAGGAUAAGUGAAAUUAUGACAGCGCAAAUGAAGAUAAGUUGACAUAUCCUCAGAGGUUGAGUUGCUGGGAAAGGAUAAGUUGACUUAUCUCAGUAUUUUUACACGACUUGCUUCAUUGUUUGAAAUCAACUUAAAGCGAUCCUUGGCGUAGUUCGUUGCGUGCUUGCCUCUGAAAACAAGCCACUCGAAACAGACUUGGUUCAAAUCCAGCACUUGACAAUUUAUUCAAGCAAAUCAACAAUAAUUCGUUGGGGAUUCCGGGACAGUAGUUAGAAAUCAUAUACUGAGUUUCCCGGCUUAUGAGUCGCACUAUUCUCGCAGUAGAACCUCCAAGAAAUUUCUACCUUCUCACUUGACCCGGACUCAGAUGUUUAAACUGUAUGAGGAAGCAUAUCCUGAUCAAGCCGUUUCGGGAUGGUCAUAUGAACAAGAGAUCAAGACCCUUGGCUUAUCAUUCAAGGAACCGAAAGCUGACACGUGCAGAACCUGCGAUCAAUUGCAGAUUCAACUGAAAUCAGCUACUACCGAGGUAGAGAAGACUUAUGCAAAGGAAGAACUGGAAUCUCAUUUAAAUAUGGCCAAUGCACCAUACAACAUGAAAGCCACUGACAAGCGAAUCGCCAAAAGCAGUGACGGUAGAAUAAUUGUCACGACGUUUGACCUGGAGCAGUGUUUUUUACAGGGAUCUUAUUGUUGAUACUGACGAUAACUCCCUAACGGAUCCAGACAUUAUCUCAUCAAGUGAAGAUAAUGAUUAAAAAUGGGUAGAUAUCGAAUUAUUGUUGAUUUGUGUGAAUCAAUUGUCAAGUGCUGGAUUUGAACCAGGUCUGUUUCGAGCGGCUUGUUUUCAGAGGCAAGCACGCAACGAACUACGCCAAAGAUCGCUUUAAGUUGAUUUCAAACAAUGAAGCAAGUCGUGUAAAAAUACUGAGAUAAGUCAACUUAUCCUUUCCCAGCAACUCAACCUCCGAGGAUAUGUCAACUUAUCUUCAUUUGCGCUGUCAUAAUGUCACUUAUCCUCCUCAUUUUUGUUCGACACUGGCAGCAAAAAUUAAUUUUCAGCUAAAUCCUUUUGCUAGGGCCUCCGGAACAAUGUUAUGCUUCAAUUUAAACAAAAAACCCACUUUCAAAAAAAUGCACUUAUCCUAGUUUACCACUUCACUACAGAAAUGUUGAAACACGUGGAGUAAUGUUUUUAGGAGCAGUCGUCGCUUGACUCGUGCUCCUUUCGCUUGUCUCCUCUUCUCUAUAACUCUGCUGUAAACUGUCCUAGGACUACUUCUAAUAACAUUAACAUACGAGCUUAACAUUCCUCUUUUUCCUCACGUCUAACAUAUACUAUUUCUGGAAACUAGGGAUUGGAGAAGUUACUAUAGUAUUGAAGAGAGCAAAAGCAAUAUGAUUAUAUUAGAGACCUAUAUAAGUCUAUAUCAGUACUAUGAGGUCAUUGUUUCCUGGAGAGACCGUCUGCGUGGUCUUACGCCGAAAACUCCAGUUUAUGUUUAUUAAAUAAUAUAAAGAAAUCUUUGUUCAUUGAAAGAGAGAAACCAUGAUGACGAUGCUUUAGUUUUUAAGAUUUUUAAGAUCGUUUGUCAGUUCGUCGACUGCUCUCGAAGUGUGAACAUAUAAUCAUCAGAAAUGAAACUGCUCUUACUUAUAUCGUUUAAUUUUUUCUUCAUUAACCUGGUUUCCAAUUAUUAAAAUCUAAUAUAUAGUGUAGUAUAAAUAUGUUAAAGAAUAUGAAUAAGCGGGUUGAGUGGUGAGGUGGUGUUGGAGAAUUCACAUGUUGUGGGUCUGUCUUCAAUAACUAAUGCACUGCUUUAUAACAUACGAGACCGAAUGCGCGCUUGGCGCGCCCUAUUUUGAUUUCCUGCCUCAAACAUAUUGACCAAUUAGGAGAAAGUCUUACACAUGAAGUUAGUCGAUGACUUUUGUGGUUAAUUUAAUUUAACGAGACAUAGUCGGGCGCCACCGCGCGCGAUUUGGUUAAUCUUAAUUGUUGUGAUAUUUUUUAUUUAAGUCACAUUUGCGGUGAGCGCACCUUAUUUUAACUACUGUAUGAGUAGAGCAGUUGAAUUAUAGGGAUAUAAAAAGUCAAUGUAAUAUUUAAAUUCAAAAUAAUUAUACCAAAAUGAUCCUGAAGUAGUCGCGUAUGACGUUGAACACGUCAUCAUUUCGUAAACAUGGAUCUUUAAAAAUUGCUGAUAUAUUCACAGCUGAUCUAUUUCCCACUUGUAGGCAACAUGCAAAAUUUUAAAUGUCUUGAAGCUGUAAGACGACUUGGAAAAUACAGGAGUUUCGAUAAGAUAUAGAUAUUUACAUUUGAUGAGUAACUUGUUUCAUUUCCAUUUUCUAACUAAGUUUUUAUUUUCUACUAAUUAACUCAUCCUUUGACUUGAUUUACUUGAUACUUGUGUACUUGUGAAAUUCAAAUUUUGCCGCUGUGAAUGUAUCUACCAAUCACGAAUAAGUGUUACGGAAUUUCGAUAUGUUCGAUUCGAUUCGAGAUUUGAGGUGUAUGUCCUUUUUACAAAAGGAUUUAUGUGCUUGUGCUUUCAUAGACUGAUGAAGGGCAAUCACACCGUAAAAGAACGAAUGUGAAAGUUAUAAAUAUGAUGAGAGAGGUAACUUGAUUCACAAUGGAUGCUUUUAGGAACUCGAACGUUUUGGCCUUUUCGACUAACGCGAAACUUCAUUCAUUUAAUCGGCCAAUGGGAAAGAUCUUACGCGAUUUCGACUCCGGCGAACUUAAUUUAUGUGCUUCUGCUUUUAUAAAUAGGAUUUUAGCAGGAAAAGGUGAUAAAUGCGCCGUGAAUCACUAACGAAUAAUGACUGCUACAGAGCUGAUGCAAUGUAGUUCAGAUUACAAACCGUAUGUUUUUAGUUACGCACGUGGUGAGUGGAAUUGAAACCCGUAAUUGGUGAAAAUCAUGGCAACUGUGGCUGACACGCUAGUGUCGCCUCAAUGACGAACGUUAACUUGUAAACGAAAAGUAACUUUUCCAAACCCAUGUUUCAUAACGAGGGUUUUUAUUGGAUUAUGAGAACACCAGAGAUAAUGUCGAAGAAGAGACGAGAGGAUGCGUGGGAUUCAAAUGGUCUCCAAGAUUGGGGUUCUUACAUGGCAGCGAAAAAGUCGAAACUCGAGGACCAAUUUGGACAAUUAGCACAAGCUGAAUUCCAAAACGCUACCAAUCUCUUCAAAGGAAUCGCAAUUUUCGUUAAUGGGUAUACAAAUCCCUGUGCUGAUGUAUUAAAACGUCUGAUGAUGGAGCACGGAGGAGUUUACCACACGUACCAACGUUCUAAUAGCACAACCCACCUAAUUGCUUCUAACCUACCUUACUCAAAAAUAAUACAGUACAGAAAGUCCAAGAACCCACUACCUCUCUGUAAACCUGAGUGGAUCACUGACAGUAUAAAACUCAAUAAAUUAUUAGAUUGGAGGCCGUACUUACUAUACAACAAUACAUCAGUGACUCAGCCCCAAUUGAAACUGACAAAUGAAGCUAAUGUGACCGAAGACACAUCCAAAAUACAGGAAAAUUCAUCAUUUUUAACAAAACCUCAAGAUCCAGCAAUAAAGUCGUCUGAACCUUCAAAUGUAAAAAAUCUGCAAGACAAACCCUCAAAAGAUGACGAAAAUCAUUUCAACUCCAGGGGUACAGCUCUCUGCUCACGAGACGAAGAAUUCCUCUCAGAAUUCUACAACAACUCUCGCCUCCACCACAUUGCGACGAUGGGAGCGACGUUUAAAGAGUAUGUCAAUGAACUUCGAGCGAAAAAUGAUGGUUCUCUGCCAGGUUUAGCUCGUCUAAAAGCUCUGACCAGCAGAAAUUCAACUAAAAUACCCAAAUUAUCGAUUCAGGACAAAGACUCAGAUUCUGAUGAAGACUUUUUUGGCCAGGAACACCCAAAAUGUCAAAGGGGAAAAGAACCAGUGAUAAUGCACAUUGAUAUGGACUGCUUCUUUGUCUCAGUGGGAUUACGAAAUAAGCCAGAGCUGAGAGGCCAUCCAGUCGCUGUAACUCACGCAAAGGGUAGCAAACCAUCGUCUAAGGGACAUAAUGAAAAGGAAGAGUUUGGUUCAAUGUCAGAAAUAGCUUCGUGCUCGUACGAAGCUCGAAAACUAGGUUUAAAGAAUGGAAUGUUUCUUGGACAAGCCUUGAAACUCUGCCCAAAUUUGAAGACCAUAAAAUAUGAUUUCGAAGGCUACAAGGAGAUCUCUAUAAUUCUUUAUGAUACUGUAGCUUCGUAUACACUAGAUAUCGAAGCAGUUAGUUGUGAUGAAAUGUAUGCAGACGUUUCCAAAAUUCUGGAUGAGUUGAACCUGACUCCUGAUAAAUUUGCUAGCAUUAUUAGAGCUGAAAUAAAGGAAAAAACUGGAUGUCCAGUGUCAACAGGAUUUGGUAGUAAUAAACUGCAGGCAAGAUUAGCUACCAAAAAAGCUAAGCCUGAUGGACAAUUUUAUUUGAAGAGAAACAAUGUUGAGGCGUUCAUCGGGGAACUUGAAAUUGGAGAAAUUCCGGGGGUUGGAUGGUCGACAACGCAUCAGUUACAUGAGAUGAAUGUAAAAUCAUGUCAGGAUUUACAAAAAAUUACGUUGGGAGUUUUACAAGAGAAGUUCGGAAAGAAAAGCGGAGAAAUGUUAUUCAAUACUUGUCGAGGAAUUGAUCAUUCGAAGCUCCAUACGGAGCAUGUGAGAAAGUCCGUAUCAGCUGAAAUUAACUAUGGGAUUCGCUUUCAGACUGAUAAUGACGCUAGAGAGUUUUUAAUAAAAUUGGCCAAGGAAGUCUGCUCCAGACUACUGAAGAUCAAUGCCAAAGGUAGAUGUGUGACGCUCAAGCUGAUGGUCAGGGCGAAAAAUGCUCCUGUAGAGCCUCCCAAAUUUAUGGGACAUGGCUUGUGUGAUAAUUUUACAAAAACAAAAAACUUUAUUUCACCUAUCGAUAAUGUGGACAUUAUCAUCAAAGAUGUUCUUCUUCUGUGGGAACAAAUGCAACAGCCAGCUCAUGAAAUACGAGGAAUUGGUAUACAGAUUUCGAGAUUGGAAAAUUCAAAAAGAAAAACAGCUCAUAACAGUCUUAUGAAAUUUAUUGAAACAGGAAAAUUGAAAAAUAACGAAAAAACUCAAGACCAAGUAAAAAAUGUUGUGAAUUCGGAAAGAAAUCCUACUUAUGAAGCAAAAAAAAAUGUACAAAUAAAAAAAAAUCAGGAUCUCAAAGUGUUCUUUUCUUCGAAAAGAUUGCUGAAUGACGAUCCAAAAGAGAAAUUCAAUGCGGUAGUACAAAAAUCAAAUAUCGAUGAAUCCGUUUUAACCGAACUUCCAGAAGAUAUUCGACUAGAUAUUUUAAAAAUGCAUAACCAUGAUGUAAAUAUGAAAAAUCUGUCAAUUAGCGAUGACAGAAAUACUCAAAAAUUGAGUGCUCAAGUGGGAGCAAAUGAAAAUCUGUCAAACGGCAAAUUUACAUCUCAACUCGAAAGACUUGAUGAAGAUGUAUUGAUUGAACUUCCUGAAGACAUAAGGAACGAGGUGCUCGCGUCAAAUAGAAAAGUAAAAAAAUCACAGUCGAACGGAAUAACCAAUUACUUCAAACAUAAAAAACAUGACACUUCUUUUAAAGCAAAAAUGCCUACUAUGCAAGAGCUAGACAUGCAAGUGUUGACAGAACUACCCGUUGAUAUUCGAAAUGAAAUAUUAAACGAGUACAAAAAUGAUUUUUCGGCUGAUGCAAAAAAUACGCUGCAGAAAUUACCCCUCCAAGAAGCAGAUCUGAAUGUGUCGCAAACUGAGUAUAAUCAACAACCCUGUGAAAAUUUGAAUUUUUCCCAAAUAGACCCAGAGUUCCUAGCAGCACUGGACAAUGAAAGUCGUAAUGACGUGGAACAAUACUGUUUGGCGAAAAAAAAUGAGAAAGAAUCCAAACUAAAGAAUAUGAUGAUGGAAAAGACUCAGAGUGUUGCGGACACAAAUAAAAAAAAACGCAGUAGAAAAUCGAAAGCCCUUAUUCUAACAGCCAUACGUACCACCAACCCCAAAGCCCCCCUCUUCGUGAAGAAACCGUCAAGUGAAAGAUAUAAUGAUCAGCUUGAUAUAAGAAAAAAAAGUCCUAGUUUUUUAGAGCACCAAAUGAGUAUUUUAGAAGAUGAACCUUUGGAUAAUAAUCGAGGAGGAGAAUCCAUUAGAUUUUAUCCCUACAACUCAUAUAAUGAAGGGAAAACCGAGCAACAGCAGAUGUUGAAUACCCUUGUCAAUUAUCUUUUCAGUCUUCCAUUACAACAGGUGAAGGGACAAAUACACACAUGGAUAAAGAACUCAGAUUACGUUAACGAGAUUGAUUCCUUAUCAAUAAUAACUUAUCUGAGUAUGCUACCAAAGAAAAAACGAAUUGAAGAUCUACACGUUCUAAUGAAGACCAUGCACAGAUGUAUGACCGAGACUGGAAGUUGCGUUUGGCAUGGAACCUACAGGAAAACGGUUGAAUACGUCCAACAGUGUAUGCAGAUUGAGUACAACAGCAAUCUAAUGCUACCAGCAAUCAGAUGCAACCUUCGCGAAUGCAAAAGUGAUCGAGUAUGACAACGUGUAAUUUUUUUUUUUUAUAUUGAGUUUUUUUUGUUGGGUUUCUUGUUUGUUUUCUCCACUUUUAAGUCUUGAAUAAAUUAUCAUUUUACAAUUGA